AGAGCGUCUUCGCGCGCCGUGAGCAGCAAACCGCCCUGUGGCCUCUCCUGCUCGCCGCCUCCCGUUCUGCCGUCACACGCGCCUCUCAAACCCUUCAGCCCUCUCACUUCUCUCCUGCGCUCCCCAGAUCUGAUCUGAGCCAACCCAAACCCAAACCCAUACCCAGAACCACGCAAAAAUCCCAAGCCAUGCCAUCCAGAAUGAUCCGGCCACUUACACACAAAAUCACACGCCAGGUCCAGCUCCAGCACCGUCUUUGUCUCAUCCCCUUCAACUCCCAUGCCCACCUCAUCUUCACUUUUUCUCCUACUCAUCAUCACCCUUUCUACCCAUCGACUUGCACCCACCCACCAUGACCACUCGUCACCAGCCUAUUCCACCCUUACCGACACCACACUACUAAAGUGACCACAAUAAUAAUACCCUCGCACCUCAGCUUCAACGCACAGGGAAAUAAUCUCAGCCACCUGCCGACUGCCGCCAGCGCCAGCCUCAACCAAAGCUGAACCGCUGACUGCACACACACCAACAAUCUUGCCUCCCACCGAAAACCUCCUUGCCAUUUCUACCUCACCACUCUCAAUAAUAACCCUUCACGGCCAUGUCCUCCUCAAGUACAACAGGUCGGUCACCCUCGGCCUCGGCUAAAACAGACAAGAACAAAAAGCAAGUCAAGAUGGUCACACUUAAGCUGUCUCCAAAACUCCUACGUCGUUUUGAGGAGCCUCCAACCAAAUCAGAAGAGCAGUCUACAGCCUCAGCAGCGUCAUCCCCACCUGCUGCAGUCGAGGAAACUUCUACUCUGAAAGUCCCUGAAGUAAAUGACAAUGCAUCCGAGGCCGCCUCAACCCCGGCUCCCACACCUGCCGAUGCAGGCGAUACCUCCAACGGCGAUGGCUCGAAGAAGCGCAAAGGAGGCUCUCUGGCAGGCACCAAGAGAAAUCUAGGACAAAUGUCCGAAGUGAACGGACUACCAAGGCCACGAGGCAAGCCUGGCCCCAAAAAGAAACCCAGACUGGAAGAUGGCACCAUCGAUCAUGGCGGCGUAAAAAGCUCGACCCCGGUUGGCAUCGGUGCUGGGCACAAGCUGGGCCCAAAGGCGAACCAAGGUGCCAUCAACGCUGGCCUUCGUGCCCUCGAUCGCUCUGGCAAGCCCUGUCGUAAAUGGAGCAAAAAACCGUUCACUCUCAAGAGUUUCACCGGAGUGGUUUGGGAACUUGCUUCAUGGCGAGGCCAGGAGAGACCCCAAGCUCUCAAUGGCGAAGAGUCUAGCGAUAAUAACCAAGUCUCACAACAAAGUUCCAGCGACAUGAAACCCAACGAAAGUGAUGUCGCCAUGGAUAGCAAUGCUGGCGACCAAGCAGAUCCCAUGCUCAUGUCGACACCCGCCGCCAGUUCUCCCGCGCCGAUGCCACCUCCAUCGGCAGCUAUUGCUGCUCAAGGCUGAUAUUUCGAAUCAUACACGACCGUUCAUUGUCAGAAUCCUGGUCUUGCCGCCUGGAGACUUCUGACGCUGCAAAAGUUGUCGGCGAAGUGCGAUACAUCUGUUCGCAUUCCAAAAAAAAAAGGUAGGGAGCAUUUUGGAUCCCUUCACUGCCAUAGUGCUAGAGCCGGUAGAGCUCGAGAUGGCACCGGUUACAAUGUGGUUCAGCAUACAGCAUGGCGUUUUCGGAUCAUGGUUCUAUUUCGGUGCUUGUCAUCUGCCUGCAAAACGGAGUAUUGUGAAUGGCAGGGGACUUGUACUACAACAAACAGAGGAUCGAUUCUUAGCAACGGUUCUGGUGGUAUGUCACAAAGAAAUGAAAAAGGUUUCAGGUUGAUCCAUUCGGGCGUUUCUCUUCCUGUGAGCUGUAUGAAUAGACGAGAAUGAAGAACAAUACAUUGAUCAUG